CAGUGCGAACGAAGCUAGGCCGGAGUGGAUGGGUAAAGCGAUCUUCCAGCUCCAAACCGUAACCGAUACAUUUUCCCGGGAAAGGAAACGAAGGAAAAUCCACAAGCAACGUAGAAAAUUGAGAUUGAGCAGAGCGUUAGACAGUCUGUCUUUGUCAACUAGUAGGUCGUCACCGUCAGAACCCAACUCAUAAAUCAAAAGAAAUAGAAAAUUUGGGCAAUCCAACACCGCCCCCCCCCCCCCCCCCCCCCCCCACAUGAUCCGUUGUUGGGCGCUUCUUGGAUCGAAACCCACAUGCCAUUGAUGCCAAAGUUCCACGCUACUUCUUUUUCCAGAUCCCUGUGAGGAUUGUUAAUCUGAAUCUCUAUCGCCAUUGUUGAGUUGGGAAAGCGGCGAAUUGGAAGAUGAGUAUGUACGGGGAUCCGUGGGGAGGGGCGCUGGAGAUAAACGCGGAGGAUUCCGGCAAGGAAGACGACCGGAGCGAGUACGACCGGGCGGCGCUAUCGCGGCCGCUGGGCGAGACGCAGCAGAGCUGGCUGCUGGGCCCGGCGGAGCAGAAGAAGAAGAAGUACGUGGAUCUGGGCUGCAUCAUAGUGAGCCGGAAGAUCUUCGUCUGGACGCUGGGCACCGCCCUCGCUGCCGGAUUGUUGACCGGAUUCAUCAUCCUCAUCGUCAAGACCGUGCACGCCCACCGCCACCACCACCAGCAGGAGGACAACUACACAGCUGCACUGCACAAGGCCCUCAUGUUCUUCAAUGCCCAGCGAUCUGGAAAGCUCCCAAAGCACAAUAAUGUCUCUUGGAGAGGAAACUCUUGUAUGGAUGAUGGGAAGGGUGAUUCGUCAUCUGUAAUUACGGAUCUUGUGGGUGGCUAUUAUGAUGCCGGGGAUGCAAUCAAGUUCAACUUCCCUGCAUCUUUUGCCAUGACCAUGUUAAGUUGGAGCGUAAUUGAAUACAGCGCAAAAUAUGAAGCUGCUGGAGAACUCAAGCAUGUUAAGGAAAUUAUCAAGUGGGGGGCUGAUUACUUUCUCAAAACCUUCAAUUCCUCAGCUGAUAUCAUAGACCGGGUGGCUGCACAGGUUGGGGUGGGGGAUACCUCUGGAGGGCCGAGUCCUAACGACCACUACUGUUGGAUGCGCCCUGAAGACAUUGACUACAAGCGGCCUGUAUUUGAAUGCACUAGUUGCUCAGACCUUGCUGCAGAGAUGGCUGCUGCUUUAGCCUCUGCGUCGAUUGUUUUCAAAGAUAACAAGGCCUACUCGCAGAAACUUGUCCACGGUGCAAGCACCCUUUUUAAGUUUUCCAGGGAGCAGCGUGGCCGAUACAGUGCAGGCACUGCAGAUGCUGCAAUUUUCUACAAUUCUAGUAGUUACUGGGAUGAGUUUGUCUGGGGUGCCGCUUGGAUUUAUUAUGCUACUGGUAACUCAUCCUAUCUUCAGCUUGCUACUAGUCCCGGCAUUGCCAAACAUGCAGGUGCCUUCUGGGGAGGCCCCGAUUAUGGUGUUCUUAGCUGGGACAACAAGCUUGUUGGAGCUCAAGUGCUUUUGAGCCGUUUGAGAUUGUUCUUGAGCCCUGGCUAUCCAUAUGAAGAAAUUCUAAGGACAUUCCAUAACCAGACCAGCAUAGUUAUGUGUUCAUACCUGCCAUAUUUUAAGAGCUUUAACAGAACAAAAGGAGGCUUGAUUCAAUUAAACCAUGGCAACCCUCAGCCUCUUCAAUAUGUUGUCAAUGCAGCCUUCUUGGCUACUCUUUACGCUGAUUAUCUCGCUACUGCCGACACCCCUGGAUGGUACUGCGGGCCUAAUUUUUUCUCGACAGACGAGCUGCGCAAAUUUGCAGAGAAACAGAUUGACUACAUCCUUGGCAAAAAUCCCAGAGGGAUGAGUUAUGUUGUGGGCUUUGGCAAUCGCUAUCCCAAACACGUCCACCAUCGCGGCGCAUCGAUCCCCAAGAACAGGAUCAGGUAUGACUGCAAAGGAGGAUGGAAAUGGAGAGACACCUCCAAACCCAACCCAAACACAAUUGUUGGAGCCAUGGUUGCGGGCCCUGACAGGCGCGAUGGUUUCCACGAUGUGCGUACUAACUACAACUACACAGAGCCUACUCUUGCAGGCAAUGCCGGCUUAGUUGCUGCUCUGGUGGCUCUUUCCGGUGACAAGUCUGCCGGGAUUGACAAGAACACCAUCUUCUCUGCAGUUCCUCCAAUGUUUCCCACUCCCCCGCCGCCACCGGCCCCUUGGAAACCAUAAGAGAUGCCAAUGCCAAUGCCGCCUGCUGUCAGCAUCGUUUUCUCCUCGACGUGUGACACCACCUGGUUAGAUGAUUUUGCUGAAAACAGUAGUCUUUUGGGCUUUCUUCAACAUUGCUAUAGUGAAAGUAAUACAAAGAAUGAGAGAAACACAGUGAUCAUAAGCUCUAAAGAUGGCCGGCCGGGCUGAGCUAAAGAAUGAGAGAGUAUAGCUGCAAGUUUGAGCUUGUUUUUUCAUUUGUAAUCUGUGAUAUAUAUAUAUAUAGCAUGUAUCUACACAGAUCGAUCAUGUACUCUUUCAGGUACUUUAAUUUGCAAUUUGUUCGAAAUAAAAAGCUUCACCUUUUGCCCAAUGAUGGGUAA